GAAUCAGCCUCAGCACGUACAUGCACAUGGAAUAGAAACUGUACAGUACAGAGUGUCUAGUAUAUAGUAGCUAGCCAUGUCUACUACUCUGAUCCAAGUGACCAAUGUGUCACCCUCUGCUGGCCUCCAACAAAUGAGGGAGCUGUUCAGUUACUUUGGAGACAUUGAGGAACUGAGGCUCUUCCCUGAGGAGGAGUUUGCUGCUCUGAGUGUCCCCUCCAAGGUGUGCUUCAUCAACUUCAUGGAGGAAGACAGUGCAGCUGCUUGUCUCCACCUUAGCAACACUGUGCUCAUAGACAGAGCUCUCAUCAUAGCACGAUCAAGACAUGCUGAGAUUCCUGAUGGUUCGGCUGCUAUGUUCCUGGCAGCCCCGGCCAUUGCCCUGGCCAACAGCGCUAGCAAACCAAUGCGUCACACUGCGCCUUUCCUCCCGACACCUCCCUCUAUGGGGGCACCCACACCCACUGGACCGGCCUCCAUGGCUAUGGGAGCUGCUCUCAACCCUGCAGCUCUCUCCCAGCUCACUGCCCCCCUCAUUAAUCUCUCCCAGCUCACUGUCCCCCUCAUUAAUCUCUCCCAGUUCACUGCCCCCUUCAUAUCCAUGAUGGGCACGGUGGUCCCCCAACCUCCCCCUCUCACUGGUAACAUAGACCCCACCAAGAUCGAGGAGAUAUGA